UCCUCGCCUUCCCCCUCCCCUCCGCCUCCUGUCCUCCCUCCCGCUCCGGGGAAAGAGAAGCCGCCGCUGCGGGUGGGUAGAGAGGGACUGGGCGCCUCCGGGAGGAGACCGCGCCCGCCCCACUGGAGCCCUGGAGCGCUGCCGGGCCAGGAGCAGUGUCCCCCAAGUGGGCAGGCGUCACGGCGUCGAAGAAAGAGAGUGGAGCUGGAUUUGUUGCCUCUGAAUGAUAACUUCAGAGGCUGGGAAGGUGCCAGUGGCAUACCCGACCGUCGCCCAGCUCGAUAUGGAAUCUGGUGAGGACAGUUGUGAGACCAGUGCACUUUUGACUCAAUGGGGAUUAAUGGGUUACAAAAUGUCCUCCUAUGCUUGAGAUCUACAGACUACAUGUCCUACGAGAACUAACCAAUGGUUUUUCAUCUACUGGAUAUAUAUUAGAAACAUAAAUAUGGUGCCAAGAGAACUCCUUAUCUUUCCCUGACUACGAUUUAUUUGGAGAUGCAUUUGUAUUGAAGAGAGGUAUACACACUAAGGAUACUUGUUGUACAGAGACUGUCGUGUAGGAUCAUGGACCAUCCUAGUAGGGAAAAGGAUGAAAGACAACGGACAACCAAACCCAUGGCACAAAGGAGUGCACAUUGCUCCCGACCGUCUGGCUCCUCGGCAUCCUCUGGGGUUCUUAUGGUGGGACCCAACUUCAGGGUUGGCAAGAAGAUAGGGUGUGGGAACUUCGGAGAGCUCAGAUUAGGUAAAAAUCUCUACACCAAUGAAUAUGUAGCAAUCAAACUGGAACCAAUAAAAUCACGUGCUCCACAGCUUCAUUUAGAGUACAGGUUCUAUAAACAGCUUGGCAGUGCAGGUGAGGGUCUCCCACAGGUAUAUUACUUUGGACCAUGUGGGAAAUACAAUGCCAUGGUGCUGGAGCUGCUUGGCCCUAGUUUGGAGGACUUGUUUGACCUCUGUGACCGAACAUUUACUUUGAAGACGGUGUUAAUGAUAGCCAUCCAGCUGCUUUCUCGAAUGGAAUACGUGCACUCGAAGAAUCUCAUUUACCGAGACGUCAAGCCAGAGAAUUUCUUGAUUGGGCGACAAGGCAAUAAAAAAGAACAUGUUAUACACAUUAUAGACUUUGGACUGGCCAAGGAAUAUAUUGACCCUGAAACCAAAAAACAUAUACCUUACAGGGAGCACAAAAGUUUAACUGGAACUGCAAGAUAUAUGUCUAUCAACACGCAUCUUGGCAAAGAGCAAAGCCGUCGAGAUGAUUUGGAAGCCCUAGGCCAUAUGUUCAUGUAUUUCCUUCGAGGCAGCCUGCCCUGGCAAGGACUCAAGGCGGAUACAUUAAAAGAGAGGUAUCAAAAAAUCGGUGACACGAAAAGGAAUACUCCCAUUGAAGCUCUGUGUGAGAACUUUCCAGAGGAGAUGGCAACCUACCUGCGAUACGUCAGGCGCUUAGACUUCUUUGAGAAACCUGACUAUGAGUAUUUACGGACCCUCUUCACAGACCUCUUUGAAAGGAAAGGCUACACCUUUGACUAUGCCUAUGACUGGGUUGGGAGGCCUAUCCCGACUCCAGUAGGGUCAGUUCAUGUAGAUUCUGGUGCAUCUGCAAUAACUCGAGAAAGCCACACACACAGAGAUCGGCCAUCACAACAGCAGCCUCUCCGAAACCAGACUGCGUCGUCAGACCGCCGAGGAGAGUGGGAAGUCCAGCCCAGCCGGCAGACCAAUACCUCAUACCUGACGUCUCACUUGGCUGCAGACCGCCAUGGGGGAUCAGUGCAGGUGGUUAGCUCAACCAAUGGAGAGCUGAAUGUCGAUGACCCCACAGGAGCUCACUCCAACGCACCAAUCACAGCUCAUGCCGAGGUGGAGGUAGUGGAAGAAGCAAAGUGCUGCUGUUUCUUUAAGAGGAAAAGGAAGAAGACUGCUCAACGCCACAAGUGACCAGUGCCUCCCAGGAGUCCUCAGGCCCUGGGGACUCUGACUCUAUUGCACCUGCAGCUCCUGCCAUUUCUCAUUGGAAGGGACUCCUCUGUGGGGGAGGGUAGAGAUCCAAACCAAAAAGAAGAAAACAGAUGCCCCCAGAAGGAGCCAGUGUGGGCAGCCAGGGCCCAGUGGGUCUGUGGCCAUCCCGCCUGCCGAAGGCUCUGAGCAGGUCCCAGAGCUGCUGCUCCUCCACUUGCCCCUGGGGCCGCCUGGUUGACCCUCCUUCCCAUUGUUUACAGUGAAGGUGUCAUUCACAAAAACUCAAGGACUACUGUUCUCUUCCCUCCUCUUAGUUUACUCCUGGGUCUUGCCCCACCCUCAGCCUUCUCCAGCAUAAAAGCUAUGGAGCUAAAGGCUUUGCCUACAGAAACUCGUUGGGGCUGAGCCCCAGACAGGAGGAGGAAGAAGCAGACCUGGGUGGAGAAGGACGUUCUCCACCUCCGGUGUGUGUCUGGCGUCCUCUUCCUCCGUGCCUGUCAGCCUCCAUCCCCGCUGGCCACGGCUCAGGCCCCCCUCCCUCCCUCCUGUGAAGUUACACUGUAGGACGCAAGCUGUGAGAAGUCCGCAGUCUACUGUCCCCUGUUGGCGUCCUUAGCUUUCUUGGCAAGCAAAUCCUUUUCUCCAGGUGGUAGCAGGACAAUGCAGAUUGUUCUGAGGCAAAGGAAAGAAAACUGACUUUAUUGCACUUUUAGUUUUGUUUUGUUUUGUUUUUUAAACAAAAAAAUGUGGCAGAUGCAUAUUGUGUCUGGUUAUAUUGGGGGUUUUACUUUUUCUGUUUUGAGGGGGAUGGGGCCGGCCAAGCCAUUCACCGAGAACGUGGGUCCAGAGGACAUUCUCCAUGGGAAGAGUGUGCUGUGCAGCACACGGAAGAGAAGCAGCCAAACUGUCAUUCUGAGUGACGCUCAGGCUGGCAAGGAAACAUACUUGAAUUUUCAUUCAUCUUCUCAACUGCUGAAGAAUGUCCCCGCCAGAGCCUCGUGGCCUAGCCAGCCUGCAUUUGAACACCUAGCUCUCCAGCCCGUGGGAUGCACCAGCCAAGCCAGGCUGUGACCAGGAGACAGCUCAUCCCAGAGAAGGAGAUGCUUAACACAAAAAAUUCCAAAUGUCUCUUUGCUCCACUGCCAGGGACUCCCAACUAGAUAGCCAUGCGACUUUCUGGUGACUUGAGAGGCGAGAUCAGUGAUGAUACAGCCACCACCAUAUUGCUCCUAGUGGACAAAAAGAAGAGGACAGUAAACCUGCCUUCCAGCUGCCAGAGAAGCCUCAGGGUGUGGCAUAAUGGGCCAGGAAAAGAAAGUCAGGAUGUCCUGUGUGCCCCAACAGCUGAGCUGUAGCAUUUGGGCUGGUCUGCCUUCCCGGAAACCAAGCCCGUGAAGAUCUUCUCCCAGCAGGUCCACAGCAGCAGGCUUAGGACUCAGUACCUCAGUAUCUGGGGCCGCAGUGAACAGAAGGGUAAGAUUGAUUGGUGCUGGAGAAUUCCAGGGAAAAGGAGACUGAAAUGAAGCGUCUGAAAUUAUCUUCUCAGUCGGACAGAGAGUCCUUCUGGGUAAGAUGGCCAUGCAUGCUUUCCCCAGUCCACCUCCCCCUCCCGCUGUGCCGUGUUCACACCAAGUCCUUCCGCGAAAGGUCUUGGUUUCUCAUUCACUGUUGGAAAAGUCAGUGCACGGAGUUGCUCCUCUCAUGUUCGAUGUUCGUUUCUCAGUGGCUUACCCAAACAAUGACUUGUCAUUCCAGAUGUGGCAGAAGAGAAAGACUCACAUCAGAGAAUGCAGUCUUGUAUCUGUGAAUCGAGAGCUAACCGUGAAGUGCAGGGGCUAAUGACUCGCUCUGGUGGCUCAUGGUGCACAGAAAUCUUGGCCUCUGGCUUGAAGUGUAGGGCCUUUUUUUUUUUUUUUUUUUUUUAAACAAGGUUGUGGUGGUACUUUCUGGUGGUUGGCAUUUCCUAACAAGUCCUUGACAUAACUUGCAGAAAUAGUGUCACUUGCAUGAAUCAGAGUUACUGGGCUUCACCUGUUCCAUUGGACUUUGGCUAUGGACUAUCACUUCCCUGGCUUCCAGCCUGCUUAGUGAUUACAUAAGGACUGCAGUCUGUCAGUUUUUAAAAGAAGCGUUUGUGCAUAUGAAACAGAGAGGCAAGGAGAGACAGUGGCAUGCCCCUUCCCCACAAGGGUUUUGAAUAUUGGAGUUUGUUUCCUUGCCAUUCCCUGGUGGUUGAAGUCCCAUCACUGAAAUUUGCAGCAUUUAGGUAACUCCAGCUUUCUGUAUAGAAACUUUAACUUCCUCAAACCUGUGUAGAAAAUGCAUUUCUUCUAAAGGGAGGGCAGGGGCGAAUUGUGGCAAAGCCUGCAGCAUCCUGGCAUUUGAUGCCCCACUAAGUGCCUCCCCCAUCCCACUUCUACAGAGCAACAAAGGCAACAACCAGUUUUUGUCUUAAACUUUUUAAAAGGCUGGCAUUUAUGAGGUUGAGCCUAAGCACUUGGGGGAAAGGGUCAUUCCUAAUGAACUGUUUUCACCCUGCAACCCCUGCAAAUCUCUGACUAGAUGUUUGGGUUUCAUAACACAAGUGAGGAGCCCCAAGUCUCUGCAGCAUGUAAAGUAGUGAUGAUCCUGCCAGGUGGCACUCCGUGAUAGGUGGUCCCAGACCUGGGAGGUUCUCGUGGAAUCAUCCUGAGAAGUAAGAACAACAACCCUCAAAAGUCUUGAGUCCCCCAGCAGUGACAUGCCAUCAGCUGCUUCCUCGGCCCUGUUGCCACAGUAACCUAGCAAGAUGCUUGCAGUUGGGACCUGCCACUGCUCACCCUCCCACCCCAGCUUGGCUGGAGCCUUCUCCAAUUCACAGCUCUGAAGCCUGAGGAUCUUUUUCUUUGAGGUUGAUGCAGUUACUGCUCCUGAAAUCUAACUCAACAUCUGUUGAUUAAAAAAAUAGGAAAAAGCACACCUUAAUAUUCUCAUUAGGCAUUUUUCCCAAAGUCCUCCAGUGCCUGAGGCAGUGCAGCCUAAGCAAAACAGGAUUCCACCAAAGCAUAAAGGGCCUCCCCCUGUGACCAGAGUAUGACUUGGGGCUGCACAUGUUAGGGUUGAUCAGUUGCUGUGCACACCUUGGUUCUGUCCCAAGAUCUCUCCAGACUGCUCCACGAGGGUGGACAGAGCGUCCCAGCAGCCUGUGUGUGGGCAUGACUGCCUUCGUUAACAUUCUGCUAUUUGGGGUUUGUCUUGAGAGAAAGGUACUAGGCAGGUGACGAGGUGAGCUACAGUUCUCAUUUUACUUGAGAAUGUGUGAGCUGUACUGCACAGUAGAAAUCCUGAGGUUUCUACUAGAGAUUACCUGUAUAUUAUCAGGGAUUGAAUUCCAAGUCCAUAGAAACAGCCCCUGACCAUUAGCCAGAAAGGCAUCCAUCACUUUCUGAAGUAACCUCCCACUUAGUUCAGGGGAAUUAGACACUGGUGGUGCAUGUUCAAGUGCUGAUUUUCAGUGUUAGUGACCACUUUUAAUUCCAAAAUUACAGAACAAUGGUAUUGUUUUGCUGCUGGUUACUAAAGAUCAUAGCCUUAACUUGUUUUUCUUAUGCAAAGAAUAUAAUUGGUUCCGCAUCCCACUGAGCUAGUAUGGCCGGCAUUUCUCAAAAAUAAGAACUUCCACAGCAGCCUAGAAAGCAUCCCCUCAAGGCAACUUGAUCUUCAGAUGCAUCUUUGCCAAGCCUGCGUGGCACCUGCAUCCCAGCCACAUUUUGCAUUUUCAUAUGUAAGUCAAUUUUCCAUUCCCUUGAGGUACCCUGUCUACCUUGACACCAGUGUCAGAACCACAUGAGGGCUAGAGUUUCUCAGAUUGUGAGUUUUCAACGCCAUAUAGCCAACAUUGCCUUUCCUGGCCACUGCCAUCAUCCCCACCAUUGUCCCCAAGAGGCAUGAGUUCCAGAAACCCUCAGGGAGCAGGCUAACUAGGCACCCUGUGUGGCUUGGCCCCAUGGGUGAUAGGCACUUAAGUCUGGGAUUCUUGUUUUUGCAGAUUCCAGGCAAGUCCUGUCUAGAGGUUGAUGGUUGGGGCUCCAGUCUUCUCAGAAUGGGUUGGUAGGAAUCAGGUUGGGUUACCUUUGGGUUUGGGCUUGGGCUUGGGCUUCUUGAAGGGGGAGGUAGUUUGGUUUCUGAGUAAGAAAAGAGGCAACCAUAGCCCUUUUGUGGGUUUGUAGACUUUUGAACAAUGUUUUAGCCACAGAUCUUGGAGGUCUUUCAUCCAGUAAGCAGUCUUUAAAAAUAGGUGUUUCUUAACUCCUUUUACAGGUGACUAAGUGCAGAAGAAUAGAUUUUUUCAUUGUAUCAAAAUAGUAAGUAGAUACCCUGCUUAUAGGUAAUAGUAGUUGACAUACUUUCUCAAAAAGCAACCAGAAAACCUACUCCAGUAUUUGUAAAUCAGCUUGCAAAGGAAGAGGUGGACAAGUACUCCAUGUAUUUCUAGUUUGAAUACCAAACAAUGUUUAUUGUAACGAAAGCUCAGUGUGUGGACAGAAGUUCUUUCAUUAUGUUUCUUUCAUCCCUCACAAUCACUCUUCUGGUGCCAUCGCCACCUUUAAGGUCUCAGAGCAGAGGAUUCCCUGUGGCAAUAAAUGGCAGUGCAGUGCAGGCACCCCAGUAACACACGAGGACAGCUGUCCUGACCCCCAGACUUCUCUGUCAGGGCAGGUGAGACAUUUUCACUGUCCCUCUCCGUGAGCUCCAGACUAAAUCCCAAGUCAGCCUGUGUACUGAAAGGCUUUGUAAAAGGUGUACUCGUCUGUUAGGAGUGUCUCAGGAAUGAUGAGCCAUUUCUGGGUGGGAAUAAAUGUACAGAUGGAGGUGUGUGAGAGAGAGUGUGUGUGUAUGUGUGUGUGUGCGUGCGCACUCCUGCAUGCAUUUCACUUCCAUAAAGAUUCACAGUUACUGGGAAUUGUGUGUUCCUGAGUAUUCUGAGAUGUACAGGUGACAAGUGAACUUCUCGGAUUAGUGUCUCAUCAAGCUCGUUCAGAGAGUGAGCCCCACUUACCAGGCAUAGAGCAUAACAACAGCAGAAAAGAGAGAGACGAAACCAAAAAUAAAAAAAAUAAAAAAAAAAAAAUCCGACCCACAGAAAAUAAUGUUCAUUCAGCAAUUCUCAUUGGAUAUUUUACAUGCUCUAAUUUAUUAUAUUAUUAUUUGUUUCUUUCAUCUUUGCCCAUUGUACUCUUAAAAAGAUGUUGGGAUAUUGAUUGCAAUUUUUAAAAACUAGAUAAUGUAUAAAUCAGCUGUGGAAAUCAGUUUUAAUUGAUGUAUGGAUGUGUCUGAUUAUUGUUAAAUGCCUUUUUUACCUUUAUUAUUAUUAUUAUUAUUUAGGUAUGUAAUGUUUCAUAAAUCCUGGCACUGGUCGCAAAGCUCAGCUGUGAAAAUGAAACUUGUAGUAUUUUUAAAUAUGAAUGUCAAUUUCAAGUGUAUUUGAAAUGGUUCCUCCAGGAGAGAGAUUUGUACACCAUUAGGAAAAACUCCUCUGCAGAGAGGAAGUAGCCUUUGAAGAAAAUGGAGAAUGGGCCCUGAUAUGUUAUCUCAGUAGCCCAUUUCCCAGGGCACCAUGGGAAACACAAAAUGUGAUCUUUAAGUAUACCUCUUCCCCAGUUUGGGGAGGAAAAACUCAGUUUGCACCCUUUUUGUAUGUAAAAUAAAAUGUCUUACCUUUCUUGGCUUUUA